GACGGACCCUGAUUGGUCGCAUUGAAUGCAGCUUGCUGGGUAGAUUUACAAAACAUCAACUCUUCCGUUCCGUUGUGACGUUCGUUGUUUUUAUGCGAAGUGUUCCAGAAAAUUUUAUCGUGGUGUGAUUAUUUUCUUUGCGGUUUCAACUAUAUUCUAUCACGAAUGGCUGCUGUGAGCUCGAUAUCUAAUGUGGAGAACCUAUCACCACAAAUCAUUAGACAGUUGACAAAAGAACUUCAUGAAUUAGUGUCAGAGCCUCCUGAGGGCAUUAAGGUUCAAAUAAAUGAAGAAGAUGUCACUGAUAUUCAAGCCUACAUUGAUGGCCCAGCCGGUACCCCAUAUGCUGGUGGUGUUUUUCGAGUCAAAUUAGCAUUGGGGAAAGAUUUUCCUCAGGGACCUCCUAAAGGGUUCUUUUUGACUAGAGUUUUUCAUCCCAAUGUUGCCAAAAAUGGUGAAAUAUGUGUUAACACCCUUAAAAAAGAUUGGCGGCCUGAUCUUGGAAUAAAACACAUUCUUCUAACGGUGAAAUGCCUCUUAAUUGUCCCAAAUGCUGAGUCAGCUUUAAAUGAAGAGGCAGGGAAGCUGUUAUUGGAGCAUUAUGAGGAUUAUUGUCAAAGAGCUCGGAUGAUGACUGAAAUCCAUGCCUUAGCAACUAAAGUUCCCAAGGGGUGUGCAUCAGAUAGUACAGAUGGGCCAACUGCCAAGAAGCAUGCAAGUGACAAAAAGGUUGCCGCAGAUAAGAAAAAGCUGAUGAAAGACAAAAAGCGUACUCUGAAAAGGCUAUGACCCUUCCUCUUUCUGUGAGACUGAGACCAUGUUGGUCAAAUUUAGUUUUGAAAUUUUUAUAAAUGCAUUAUAUUUACAGUUAGUUGUGUGAAUCUCUCUGUUUGGAGGAUCACUUCCCUGUUCAUUAUCUAUGUACCAGAGCAACAUCGUUGUAAAAUGCGGGGAUAGCCAGUAUUUACACAGCUCUCAAGAUUGUAUAUUUGUUUUUCACCGCCGACUAGGAAGGGAAGGGGCUAAGUGAUUAGAAAUGUUUGUAGUUGCUCACCGUCUUAAAGCACAUGUUAUUUAUUAUUCAUGUAAUGUUUGCAUGUCCCCUUAUUUUCAUACAAUGUACUUUUAGCAAAUUGCAUCUCGUGUAUCAAUCUAACCAGUUACUAAAUCGUUGUCCUAUAAAAUUAAAUUUGCAUGGGUAUAGGCAUUGCAUGAAGUAAGGAAUUCAGUAAGUUAUGAUGAGUGUGCUUGUAGAUUUGUAAACAUGUAAUUGUGUUCACUGAAUAGUUUGUGAUUUUAUUUUUUAUCUUUAAUGCAGAAAGCAUAGCUUUAUAUUGGAGAACAGUGAUUACCAUGUCGUAGGUAACGCGUCAACAAAAUUAGUUUUGAGUGCUUUAUUCAAGCAUUGUGUAAAAUGAAUAGUUCCACUAUCUAAAUGUUGCCAUCUAUUCCUCUUUUUUUCUUUGUUACUCAUUCUUGUUUUAUACAUUUGUACUGUCUGAAAAUAUGAGUUAGAAUCAAUCUGUAUACAUUGCUCCAAAUUUUUUAUUUGGCCGCUGUCUGUUCAGUUGUGAUUUAGUACAUCUUUGGGAAGUCUGACCAAACACAUCUGCUAUCCUCACUCAAUAUUAAUUUGUUUUCUUUUUCUUUUUUUCCUUUGCAAGUGCCCAGAUUUUUAUCUAACCCUGUAAGUAGUUUUUUGUCUUAAACUUGAGUGUAAUGUUUCUAUCCUCGUCAUGUUACCUUACUUUUUAGAAUUUUUGAUACUAAAUAAGACAAGAUUCCUCUUUAAUUUUAA